AAUGACAAACAGGAGGUACCGUUUAUAAGCUAUGUAUUUGGGAAUUUUUCGGAGAAAAAGGGUUGUCCAGGCGAGGAGGCUUAUCGGUUGUUUAACUAUUGGUCCACCCGACAUUGCGACGUGUACUCCAACACCCUAGAUGGUAGUAGUGCAACUGCAAAAUUUUUAAACAAGAGAAGAAGAAGUACGGAAGUGGAGGAGGAAAGUGAAAUCCGGUUGGAAUUAUUAUAGGACUACAAAAUCGUUCUCACUGAAGCAGCCAUAGCGACGCCCACGUCUCUUUCCUUGAUGAUCGCAGUACACAUUGACGGCUGGUGAUGAAGGUGAAAAUCAAACAGUGGAGCGGCGUGGCCUCUUGGCUAUGGGUCGCUAAUGACGAGAACUGCGGUAUUUGCAGAAUGUCUUUCAACGGCUGCUGCCCUGACUGUAAGGUGCCUGGUGAUGACUGCCCACUGGUUUGGGGACAGUGCUCCCACUGUUUCCAUAUGCACUGCAUCCUCAAGUGGCUCAACUCCCAGCAGGUGCAGCAGCAGUGCCCAAUGUGCCGCCAGGAAUGGAAGUUCAAAGAGUGACAUAAUCAUUUGAGCCAGACAAAGACUGUGUUUGAAAGCUGGGGUACCGCAAAGAACUUGAAACAUUAUUGCAUGUUAAUUUUAUUUACCUCUGUUGUGUACUAUACUUUCUCACUUAAGUCGAUGGUGGUUUUUUAUAUAAGGUUUUGUGACUGGACAGCUGAGACACAUAAACACAUACAAACCAAGUUCAAUAAUCUUGUAACAAAUCCAAAUGCUACAAAAUCGCAUUGUUUAACAGGUGAGUUAGUGUGGCUUCUCAAUCUCUAUUUGAAUUGUAUGUAUGUACGUAGGUGCAUAUUUAUGAUUUGUAUGCUGCCUCUCAUGCAACUUUUAUUCUGGAAAAAACCUCAUAGGUGCUGAAAAGGCUAGUGUCUAAAAGCUGUGCUACAUUUGCAUUCAUUAAAAGUGAUUGGAGGUGUGCAGGAACAGCCAUUGAAAAUGGUCAGCAUUCUGUAGGGCUGUUAAUGGGGUGCCUAAGGAAGCGCUGCUGCAUACAGUCCAUUUAUACAGCCGGAUAUUUACUGAAGCACUUCUGGUUAAGUACCUUACUCAGUGGCGCAACGGCAGUGCCCCACUUGGCAACUGAACCUACGAUCUCUGUGUUGCAAGCCCACUUCCCUAGACCAGGCGUCUGCAGCCCUGCUCCUGGAGAGCCACGGGGUCUGCUCGUUUUUGUUUUCACCUAAAAAAUCAGCACCCAAUUCAGACCCAAGUAACCAGAUGAAGUGAGUUAACUGUAAUCACCUGCUUUAAUUGAUUAAUUUAGUGCAGAGUAACAACGAAAACCAGCAGACCCUGCGUCUCUCCAGGACCAGGGUUGCAGACCCUGCCCUAGACGCAUGUGAAGUGCACGCCUCCAGCACAGUGACUGCUGCUCAGCUGGCGAACAGGAGAGUAAGUAGUAGUGCUGGCCAUCAGGACACGUCUUGGGAGUGAAAUGAAUGCCAGUCUGUGCUUUCUCUACGGAAGGACAUUAUGUGUGCAAAAAUCUGAUGGGGAAUUCCAAAUUUGCACAGAAAAUGGGGUAAGAAUUUAAAUACACAAGUCACUGAUAUCACACGAUGGCUGUACUAAUUUUCAGGGAAUUUCUUGGCACUAGCUGGGAACACAAAUUGAAGUCAUAAUUAUACUUGUGAAAAACAAAAUCCAGCAUGUGAGAGCUUAUAUUCAGUAAUUGGAUUCCUUGUGUCAUUUGACCCACUGAGGUGUGGCAUAAGUAUACGCUGUUCUGCAGUAUCGGGUGCUCCAAGUUUGUUGUACUUUGUUCAGUUUCAAGUUAAAAAACUCCAGUGGUUGUGCCAGUAUUCCUUUACCGUGGAUCAAAGCAUGUUUUACUGUAAAUAAAGGGUUUUUGUAUA